AUGCACAUCCCAACCCUCCUCACAGCUCUAACCCUCCUCCCCUCCUCCCUCUCCCUCUCCAUCCCAUUCAUCUCCCGUCGUCAAUCCCCAUGUUUCAUAAUAGGAUCCACCCCACUCCCCGCCGAAACCCUCAAAAUCGCCAACGACUUAGCAUCAACCGUCACCUGCGACGUCUCCGUUCGACCGUUACAGAACAUCCCGGACACGAUAUCCGGAGGAGUUAAAUUUUCCUCUAUAAACUUCGAGAAUAGUGAUUUGUUACCUUUGGAUUUCGCCCUAACAACCUUCUCAACCCCCUCCCCCCCAUCCUCAGCUUCACUAACCCUCUUCACCAACCGUCUAAACACCUACCUAUCCCAAGAAGCCGCAGUGCGCAGCAUAGGCGGCUCAUUAUCCAUCAAAGCUCCAAAAUUCUUUCUAGCCUUUCAAGUAGCUAGGAUUAAAACAUCUAGGGGGAUAGCGAUUACCGAUCCGGGACAGACUGUGGAGCAUUUAUUGGAGAAAGUAAUCAAAAACGCCGGAAGGGUUAGUCAGGUCACCAAAGAUGAGAUUACGAGGUUAGCAAAGGAUUUAUAA